AGCCUGCCUGGAAACAGUCUGGUAAGAACAGUUUAUCCCCCUCGCUCAGCAAAAAUAGCUAAAUGCUCUCACAGAAUGCUGACUACAGUGCAUUUGUUUUCUCCAAGGAUCCCAGUUUGUUGGGUUUCUAUAUAGGAGUAAAUAUAGGCUCAUUUUUCAUUAGUCAAAAGUAUAAUUGCUAAAUAGCUUUUGAUAGUCAAUAUAAAAGCAAAACUUUUCUUUUCUUUUUUUUUUUUUAAAGAUUUAUUUAUUUGAAUACACUGUCAACUGUCUUCAGAUACAGCAGAGGGGAAUCAGAUCCCUGGAUGGGAAUCAGAUCCCUGGAUGGUUGUGACCUACCAUGUGGUUGCUGGGAAUUGAACUCAGGACCUUUGGAAGAGCAGUCAGUGCUCUUAACCACCGAGCCAUCUCUCCAGUCCUAAAAACAAAAUUAAAGUUAAUUUAAAAUUCUUGUUGAAACAAGAAACUUUGGCAUUUUAGGUAGUUGGGUAAACUAAUUUCAAUUUGAUUUUUAGAAAUGGGAAAUCCUCACAAUUCCUUCAAGUUUGGGGUCCUUUGAUUUUUAUGCCACAGAUGUAAUGUACACAGAGUCUGUAGAGUGGGCAGCUGUUUGAGAUUGUGGGGUCGACCGUCUUCACGCUCAGCACCUUCAGUCUCCUUAGUGAUAAGCUCCCACCCGUCUGCCAGUGUUCACACACACUGUGGUGUACUUCACAUGCGUUGUUUUGUCUGUUGUUGUAGUUGUUUAUAAUUGGCUCCUUACUGAUUUAUGUAGUGAGGUGGGGGUGGGCAGGAACGCUACUGAAGAGAGCAUAAGCAGGAGAAACAACCGUGGAAAUCCAUCCGCUCCUGCCGUGCGGGUCUCACCAUGAGGACUUGGGAGCCAGUGCCUUCCCCAGCUGAGCCAUCUUGCUGGUCAAUGAUUCUGUAGCCCUGACCAGGCUUCUACCUCCCUAAUGCCACAAGGGGAUGAUGGGACUAACAAAGAAGCCACAAGCACAGGGAAGUUGAACCAGGAGAAUGAGCACAUCUAUAACCUGUGGUGUUCUGGCCGAGUGUGCUGUGAAGGCAUGCUCAUCCAGCUGAGGUUCCUGAAGAGACAAGACUUACUUAACGUCCUGGCCCGGAUGAUGAGGCCAGUGAGUGAUCAGGUGCAAAUAAAAGUCACAAUGAACGACGAGGACAUGGAUACAUACGUGUUCGCUGUCGGCACUCGCAAAGCUUUGCUGCGACUGCAGAAAGAGAUGCAGGAUCUGAGUGAGUUUUGUAGUGAUAAACCUAAGUCUGGAGCGAAGUAUGGACUGCCAGACUCUUUGGCCAUUCUGUCAGAGAUGGGAGAAGUCACAGAGGGGAUGAUGGAUACAAAGAUGGUUCACUUUCUUACACACUAUGCUGAUAAGAUUGAAUCUGUUCAUUUUUCAGACCAGUUCUCUGGUCCAAAGAUUAUGCAAGAGGAAGGGCAGCCUUUAAAGCUGCCUGACACCAAGAGGACACUACUGUUUACAUUUAAUGUGCCUGGCUCAGGUAACACGUACCCAAAGGAUAUGGAGGCUUUGCUACCCCUGAUGAACAUGGUGAUUUAUUCUAUCGAUAAAGCCAAAAAGUUCCGCCUCAACAGAGAAGGCAAACAAAAAGCAGAUAAGAACCGGGCACGCGUGGAAGAGAACUUUCUGAAGCUGACACAUGUACAGAGACAGGAGGCUGCACAGUCUCGGCGUGAGGAGAAGAAAAGAGCUGAGAAGGAGCGGAUCAUGAAUGAGGAGGACCCUGAAAAGCAGCGCAGGCUGGAGGAAGCGGCUUUGAGGAGAGAACAAAAGAAGUUGGAGAAGAAGCAAAUGAAAAUGAAACAAAUCAAAGUGAAAGCCAUGUAAAGUGGUCCUACGGGCCUGUCCUCGAUGCCGAUGCCGGAAGCUGGAAGCGCUGUGUCUGCCGAGUCCUCACCUAACAGUCACGUGUUUCUGGUGACUCAGAGAUCUUUAUUUCACCCUCUCCUUUUGGUUUGGAGUUCUACAGAGGUUAGAGAUACAUUGAAAGGGCUUUUUCAGCUAUCUCCUUCCAGAUAAUCAAAUUAUUUUGGUUAUUCUCUAAAAGGAAUGGUAUAUAAGUAUGUGUAGUUUUACAAUGUUUAAAUUAUAAUGUGAAUCAUUAGUGCUUUACUUUGGUGUUUGAAGAACGAUCAUGAAAUUUCUAGGUAGGUUGUUGCUUUUUGUUUAAACUGAGAGUUGAAAUUUCUAUGGAGACUGACUCUAACCCAACACCCUAAGAAUAUCUAUUGGAAUUGCACAAUAGCCAUUGCUUGUUUUUCUGUGUCCACAUUAAACUUGUGAAAAAAGUGGAAUCUAGAACACUGUAUGUGAUGACAAGGUCAGAGACUUAGAACGUAGUACAGCAUAUGUUUUGUGUGGGGGUGGUGCUGAUGGCAGUAUGAUAGGAAGAGAUCCAUAGGUGUUAGGAUACUGUAAGUCCAUGGAGGACUCUCGAGGUAGGUAGUACAGGAGUGGUUUCUCAUUGCCUGAUACUAUGAGCUAAUGACACUGAGUGCUGGAUUUGAAGUAGUUAUGUGCUUAUUUUUUCUGAGCAAGAAAUGCAUGAAUAAAUGGACUGCGUCAGCUAGCCGGAUCAGCAGUCAGAUGGCUGGUCUCUGUGAGGUCAUAAUGGGUUUCUUGCUUGCUGCAGCCUGUGAGGUUUUCAUGGAGGAGCUGAUCUGUCUUAUGAGUGCGCUUGUUCUCUGCCUGCUUUUAUAUUGUCCACAAGGCCGGUAUGUACUGUCUUGAAACACAUAACCAUUGAUAUGCACAAAUAUGCUUUUAAAAAGUGAGCUUUUUUAAGUGAUUCAGAAUUUUGUCUGACUCGUGGGGCAGGAGCGAUGGUGGAGAGAGGCCCCUCUCUGUGCAUAAGCAUUGGCUUGUCGAGAGCUCUGCAUUUUAUAAAUGCUUCCUACCGAGAAAGCAUUUCUUAAGUCUCUGCUUGUACCAGGUAGUUCUUGCUGGGGUGGGAAAGGGUUGUUUUGUGUUGGGAGUGGGUAGUGGGGUUUGGUUGACAAUUUCUGUGUUCUGAUGCCGCAGUAACAGUGAGGUGUGGUGAAAGCUGUGUGCUGUUGCCUUGGGGAUUACAUGGGGUUUUUCAUGUGGCUUUGUCUAGGUUAAUAGAAAUUAUGCACUGGGAUAUACAGGUGUAGUUAAGUUAUUAAAAAUAACACAAGAUUGAAUCACUUUAAGGCCAUAUAAUUUUAGACUUAACAUUGUUUUACAAAUCUUAAAGUACAUUUAGAGUCAAAUUUUAUGUGCUUAGUUAUUGUUUAAGUAAUAUAAGCUUUCUGAAAGUCCCAUAUAUUGGACCGUGGCAGCUAAUUUUGUAACUUAAGCAUUCAUAUGACUACCUAUGACAUAUUAAACUGAUUGACAAAAA